CCGUGCCGCCAUUUUCAUUCUUUUCUCUAUUCCUUUUCGUCAUAUGGCGUAUUAGGUGCGAUCGCUUACGUCCGCCAUAUUAAAUGAAAUCAAUAAAAUAAGACAAAAUGUCGCCUUACUAAAGUGCGUGAAAAUAAUCCACCAACAUCCAGUUAUUGUGUGAUUAAAUCAUCAAGAGGAUCACAAUGGAGAAUUCCUACGGUGUGGGGGUUGUUAACAGAUACGCUCUUUUCUUGGACGAUGAGUCCGAUCCUCUUGAUGCGUUAAAAGCGCGAGAGCAAGCGAAGGAGCUCAAAAAGAAGACCAAAGAAGCCGAAAAGGAGAACAAGGGUAAACCUGAGACCAAACCUAAAGGUGGCGCUCCCGCUACCAGGAAAGGUAUUAAGGAAACCCAAAAUGUGAAGUCUCAAGAAAACAGGAGCGGUGAGCAACAAAAGGCUAAGGGUCCUGCCAGACCUAAUGAGCGCAACUCCGAACGCCCUCCUCCGCGCCGUCGUGAGGACCGGCCGCAGAAUGGCGCCGUUGAGAACAAGGAGGGUGCCCCUCGACCACCCCGGCGCGAGUUUGGCGACCGCAGGCCUAACUUUGAGCGGCGCAACUUCAGCGACAACCCAGAGGGAGCAGAGCGUCGUGGGCCUAGACCACCGCGUGAACCUCGUGAAGGACCGCGCGGGCCGCGUCCUUCGUACGACAGUAGAGGCAAGCGUGAGUUUGACAGGAGAUCCGGCUCUGACAAAACCGGAGUAAAGCCGGUGGAUAAGCGCGAGGGCGCCGGCCCACAUAAUUGGGGCACGCUCAAGGACGAGAUCGACGAACUUAACAAGACCGGCUCCGAAGGUGAGGUCGCUGAAGAGAAGCCUGCCGAUACGGCUGCUGCCGGCGACGGCCAGCAACCAGAGGCCGAGCGUGCAGCCCCUACUGAGGAAGAACCGCGCGAACUUACGCUCGACGAGUAUAAGGCGCUUCGAAAUGCCCAACGCACGCAGCCGCAGUAUAACCUGCGAAAGGCCGGCGAGGGUGAGGACCUCAGCCAGUGGAAGAAUCUGGUUAUGCUCGAGCGUAAGAAGGAAGGUGAACGAGGUGAGGACGAUGACAGCGACGACGAGUACGAUAUGGCUGAUUAUCCGCAGCGCGUGGGUCGUCAGAAGCGCGUGCUCGGCAUCGAGUUCACGUUCAACGACACCGCACGGCGCGGCGGCACGGGCGGGCGAGGACGCGGGCGCGGGCGCGGCCGGGGCCGAGGCCCGCCGCGCGAGCCCGAGGUCGUCGAGGAGCGCCCGCCGCUGCGUGCGCCGGCCGCACCGCCUAAGGUUGAUGACAGCAAGGACUUCCCCUCUCUUGGCUAGACUCACAGUGAGCCUUCGCUCUUCUCCCAUUCGAUAGAGUUACAAAUUAAAAUAUUGUAUGUACCGUUAUUUUUGAAGUAAAUAUACAAAAUAUUUACACGAGCGUGUAUUAUAUUACAUUAAAAUUUAGACGAUUUCUUCGGAAACCGCCUUUCAAUCCAAUAAUUGACUUGAUUGGUUCAAUUCAAAGUUGAAUAUUGAUUUGGGGGUUGACUAGUUGUGCUCGCAAAUCACAUAAGAUGUUGUAGAGGGGGA